AUUUAACGGGCUGCGCACAUUCAAUCAAUUCAGUUGCUGCAGUGUGUGUGUGGUGUGAGAGAGACACAGGAUAUCGUUUAAAAACUCCCCCAAGUCUCUGGAAUUUUCUUUUUGCUAGGUUGUUGGACAAUAGGAAAAAAAUCAGUAUUACUUUUAGUUUAUAAGCGUGUGCUAAAGAGAAUCGACUGUAAUUUAAAAAAAAAGACUGAUCAUAAAAUCUUUUUUUUAUAUAAAACGCGUUCCAUUCAGCAGAUAUCCUCUCUUUCAUCUUUCCUCCCGAUCCUUCUCCAAGACAACAACCAACAAUGAAAACCAAGUUCAUUAACGGGGUCUCGUCCUCUCCCUCCAUGUCCCUCGGUCUGCUGGUGAGCUCCAGCGAGCUGCACGUCCAGCCGGACCCCGAGCCCGAGUGCAAAGACAUCGUCCUCGCCGACGAGCCCGAUCUGCAGACCAAGCGCAAGGCUGUCCUGUGGUGCAAGGAAUUCCUGCACGGUGCGUGGAAAACACUGAGAGAGGAGGAUUUCCAGAUCAGCAUAAUCAGGGGAGGCCUCAGCAACAUGCUUUUCUUGUGCUCGUUGCCCGAAAGUCAAGGAACUGUAGCUGAUGAACCCCGCAAUGUGCUUCUCCGCUUGUAUGGUGCAAUUCUGCAGAUGUCCUGUAAUAAAGGCGAACCCACACAGGCAAACAAAGAAAAUCACUUUCAAGGAGCUGAAGCCGUGGUGCUGGAGAGUGUUAUGUUUGCCAUUUUGGCAGAGAGGGAACUGGGCCCGAAACUGUAUGGCAUCUUUCCUCAGGGGCGCCUGGAGCAGUUCAUUCCUAGCAGGAAACUGGAGACUCGCGAAUUGACACUACCAGACUUAUCUGCUGAGAUAGCAGAGAAGAUGGCCAGGUUCCAUGGAAUGAGGAUGCCUUUUAACAAAGAACCUAAAUGGCUGUUUGGGACAAUGGACAAGUACCUAAACCAGGUGCUGAGGAUAACCUUCACGAGAGAGUCCUACAUCAGGAAGUUCGCCAAGCUCAUGAGCUACAAUUUGCCACAAGAAAUGGAGAACCUCAAGUCUUUACUGGAAUCCACUGCUUCUCCUGUUGUUUUCUGCCACAAUGACUGCCAGGAAGGUAAUAUCUUGCUUCUGAAAGGCAGGGAGAACUCAGACAGACAGAAACUUAUGUUGAUAGACUUUGAAUACAGCAGCUACAAUUACAGAGGAUUUGAUAUUGGAAACCACUUCUGUGAAUGGAUGUAUGACUACACCUAUGACAAGUUUCCAUUCUUCAAAGCUAACUUUAGGAAUUACCCAACCAGAAUGCAGCAGCUACAUUUCAUCAAUAGCUACCUGGCAGAAUCUGACAGUGGAAUUGAAAAUUUAAGUCCAGAAAGCCAGAUGAAACUUAAAGAAGAAAUGCUGGAGGAAGUCAACAGGUUUGCUUUGGCUUCUCACUUUUUCUGGGGUCUGUGGUCCAUAAUUCAAGCCAGAAUCUCCACCAUCGAGUUUGGAUACAUGGAUUAUGCUCUGGCGAGGUUUGAUGCCUACUUCGAACAGAAGAGGAAUCUGGGCGUGUGAAGAGCAGAGGGAGGAGGGCAGCUGAUCAGAGGGGUGGUGCUUCAUUGAGGGGUUGGGGUGGGCUCUACAGACUGGCAGGUGAAGUUCUCAGAGGGGGGCAGCCCUGCUUUGGGGGGAUUCUGCGAGGAGCAGCGGACCAAAGUGAAACUGAGGGGUGCCGGGGUGGGAUUCCUUGGAGAACUGCUUUUGAGCGUCUGCAAAAUGAAGUCCUGAGCCCCAGCUGGGUGUGACACCCAGUCUCAUGAAGAAAGUGUUGGCUUGUUUAAUUUGGGAAUUAUUGGAUCACAGUUCAAAUGGUUGAUAUGGGGGUUCUGCUGACCUAGAAGAUCAAUAUUAUUCUGUCCUAGAGGAGGGGGAAUAUGUAUUUUGGUUUGACCUUCCACCAAGGUCACUGUAUUCCAUUUGAGGAACAAUAGGUUCCUUGAAUUCUUCUGAUGUGUGUCCCUAUAUAUGUAUAUUUAUUAGAAUGACCCACAAGGAAACACUGCAGAAUUAUUGUGAACUAUAGCUCUGUGGAAAGGUUGAUGUCUGCACACUAAACUUUGCGGAGGUCUCUGUUGCAAGUGACCACCUAUAGCAGCAGGACUGAUUAAGACACUUUCAGUUUACUAGUAACUUUCUUGCAUCUACAGUACAUAUGAAAACAGGACUGCCAUUAGGAGGAUAAGGGCUGUUUUCCUAAAACAGAAAAUACAAAUGAAGAAAUAAUCUGCUUCAUGUUGCCUGUUGUGUGCUACAACCUUGUGUUGACGGUUUCUAACCGUAUUUCAUCCGUGAAAUACAGGGCUUACCGAGUGCUUUAGCAGUUAACUCUCUGCUGGAGCUGAUUUCAUUCAAGUUGGUCAGCCAACAGUUGGUACAUUCUCAAAAACUUUUGGUGUUUGCUCUCUGGUAUUUGGAUAUGGCUGUGGUCUGCUGUCUGCAUUACCAAUGGAAAAGUUUGGAUUUUCAAUUUUAAAUGGUUAUUAUAUUACUUAUAGCUGUGAAGCAAGUGGGGCAGGUUUUUUUUUCUCAAGCGAUUUGGAAAUGAGUCUGUGUUUUUACUGUGAAGCAGGGGUGACCUGAUGAAUGGACUCUCGGUUGACUGCAAAAAAAAAUGUUGGAUUUUGGACCUUGAUGUUUAUCACUUUGGUGUGGGAAAUGUUGUGGGGAAAAAAUAGUUGGGGUUCCUUUUGUGAUAAAACAUUAAAAUCUACCUUUGUUUUUGUUCUUAUUUUUGUUAUAUUUAAAAGUAACAUACAGAAUGGAUAUGUGAUUAAAAAAACUGAUCAUUUUUAAAGUUCUGUAUAUAACAUAGUAUUUAAACAACAUAGUAUACUGAGAAACUCAGUUAUUAUUGUUGCAGAUAGUGUUAAGAGCACUUGUCAGUCAUUAAAACAGUUUAUAAGCAAAUAACUGUUGCUUUUUGUUGAAUUUAACUUUGAUAUUCCUAGAAGGGAAAUCUUUUUUUAAUGUAUUUUUGUAAACCAAAAAAAACUAAUUUUUUUUUCCAAAAUGACAUGAAUGAACCUCAAUGAAUUGGAACGCUAAGUAUAAAAAAAAAUGAAGUUGAAAAAGGGCCAGAUAUUUGUAAUGUUAAAGAUGGUUAAUGUCAGGCUAGGGUGAGAAACUUAGCAAAUGUCCCACGUUGUAUCUUAAUGGAGUUUAGGUACUGUAAAAUUGCUUUGUGUACUUCUUUUCUGCAAUAAAAACCUUCAGAAUAUG